ACAGCGCGAGUAUGUCAUCUCAAAAUAAUAAAAAAGAAAAAAAAAGAGGAAACACAGACACAGACAGAGCGACUGCGCGAGCUCCAGCAGGGAAGCCGUCGGCAGAGACUCCAGCAAACGGACGGCGCCGCAGCCUCCGCCAGGCGGCAGUGGGAGCAGGCAGCAGCUGCAAGGUGGCGGCCUCAAGCGGAGGCGAGCAGUCUCAGGGAAACCAAGCUCGCCGCCGUCGUCCCCAUUCUUCCGUCGCAGAUUUCGCUGUGACUGGUUCCUUGUGAUUGAAUCCAUAGGAACCGAACCCAAAUCUUGGAAUUGUUUUUGCAGUGCAAGUCUAAUCCUCGGGAGGAAAAAAAAAGAAAGCGUAAUAAGGUUGGUUUCUUCUCCAUCACUCCCAUCACCUACCGACCUCACAUGAUAACUCCUCUCCUCCUGCCGCCGCUGCUGCCACACUCCACCACUAUCGUCGUCUUCUUAUCACCCCUACCUCACCUGCAGUCCUGCACCAAGCAAGCAAUCUCCAAAGUGCAAGCUUUCUCUUCUUCCUGCGUCUGGAUCUCGCUCAGGUUUCCCCUCUGCCUGCCACUCCCCAUGGCUCUGGAUUCAGGUCGCUCUUCAGCAUUCACUACCGUAUUCACUUCUUGAAGGCCAAUUUCUGGUUCCUCACCAUUGUAUCCAAUAAAGGUACUUGAUGAUCCGAAGAUGUCGUCAAACUCCACUCUAACAGACUCUCUUCAUGAGAGAACAAUUGUUUUUGGCCUGAAACUUUGGGUUGUAAUUGGGAUAUCUGUUGGAGCAUCCCUACUUGGUGUUCUUCUCAUCCUUAUUGUAUGCCUCACCAUACAAACUUGGAUCAAACGGUCACGUAGGACAUUCAAGGAAAUUCCAAUUACCCAAAUACCUUCUGCAUCCAAAGAUAUCAAGGAAGUGAGGGCAGUGGAGGAAUUUUUGCCCAAUGAUUUCGUUGUACAUGAUGGACUUCUACUCGCCAUUCAGAAUGAACCUGUUGAACCAGUGGAUAAAGAUGUGAAUCAGUUUGCUCAAGAGGACAAGACGAUACAAGGAGAAGAUAACAGUUCUUCUGUUCCUCUUCAUUAUGUGGACAACUAUGAUGGAAUUCAAUCUGUUUCCACAUGUGAACAGUCUUCCUCGCAUGCUCCCGCCGACUCUGUUCCCUUGCCAGGCUUACCUGAGUUCUCUUACCUUGGCUGGGGUCAUUGGUUCACUCUCAGGGAUCUGGAACUUGCAACCAACUGUUUUUCAAAGGAUAAUGUAAUUGGUGAGGGUGGGUAUGGUGUUGUCUACCGUGGCAGAUUAUCAAAUGGCACCCCAGUGGCUGUCAAAAAAAUCCUUAACAAUCUAGGACAAGCUGAGAGAGAAUUCAGAGUGGAAGUUGAAGCAAUUGGUCAUGUCCGACACAAGAAUUUGGUUCGCCUUUUGGGGUACUGUGUUGAAGGCACUCAAAGGAUGCUUGUGUAUGAGUAUGUCAACAAUGGGAAUCUUGAAAGUUGGUUACAUGGAGAGUUAUCCCAAUAUAGUUCUCUCACUUGGCUAGCGCGCAUGAAAAUUCUUUUGGGUACUGCAAAGGCCCUUGCUUACUUACAUGAGGCAAUUGAACCAAAAGUUGUGCAUCGUGAUAUCAAGGCCAGUAAUAUAUUGAUUGAUGAUGAGUUUAACGCCAAAAUAUCUGACUUUGGUUUGGCCAAGAUGCUAGGUGCUGGUAAAAGUCAUAUUGCUACUCGAGUUAUGGGUACUUUUGGCUAUGUUGCGCCCGAGUAUGCUAACAGUGGACUUUUGAAUGAAAAGAGUGAUGUCUACAGUUUUGGGGUGGUUCUGCUGGAAGCUAUUACAGGUAGAGAUCCCAUUGACUAUGAUCGCCCUCCAGAUGAGGUAAACCUAGUUGACUGGCUUAAAAUGAUGGUUGCCAACAGACGAUCAGAAGAAGUUGUUGAUCCAAACCUGGAGAGAAGACCAUCGACAAAGGAGCUCAAACGUGCCCUUUUGACAGCUCUGAGGUGCAUCGAUUUGAAUUCUGAGAAGAGACCAAGGAUGGACCAGGUGGUCCGGAUGUUGGACUCUAAUGAACCCAUUCCUCAAGAGGAAAGAAGACAACGACAGAACCACAUCUCUAAUAAUUCAGAAACCGAGCCAUUAAGAGGCAAGAGCAGCAGCGGCAAGAGUGAUGCCCCUGAAAAUGAGAUGAGGCCACCUCGGUAUAAGAAUCGAUCAUUUCCCCCCAAGUGAAAAGUGAAAAGCAUACUAGAGUGGAAGUUAUGGAGUUACCUGCGAUGCUCUCAAUACAUAAUGAAUUGGUCAAUUGUUUUGUUUCUCUUUUAUUAUUUCUCUUCACCUGAUCAAUUUUUUUGUUCCCUGGGAGGCUGGGGGAGCGGCCAUUGCUGUUACACAUAUUUGUAUAUUUCUUGAAACAUGUACAGUGCUGGUGUGUGAUACAUGUACAGUAGUUUGUGUGUGAUAGAUAGUUGAAGGAUGCACAUGAGAGCAUAAAAGCUAUUAUUUAGAAGCUAGUGGCUGGUAUGGUUGCUGGUGUGAGGAAGUGCAUGAAGAAACCAAUGAAAUAACUUUUUCAUAUUUUCUGUAUACUCUAAGAGUAUAAAGAGGCAAAUGAAAGAAAAAUUGACUUUCA